AUGCAUAAAGAGAGGGACAAGUUUCUCUCUCUUCUCCUCUUCACAUUUUUCUCGGCUGCCGUCCGCCGAACCACCGCCGACGAUGCGACUGUCAUGGCCCAAUUAGCGAAGUCCAUCAACCCAAGCCCACCGGGCUGGACAGGCCCGACUUUCUGCAAAUGGCAGGGCAUCAGCUGCGACUCAUCGGGCCGUGUCACCUCCAUCAACCUCGCAUCCAAAUCCCUAACCGGCACGAUACCCUCCGACCUCAGCCAACUCUCGGCCCUCAAAACCCUCAGCCUCCAGCGCAACAAAUUCUCCGGCCCUCUCCCGCCACUCUCCGACCUACCGUCCCUCGAAGAAGCAUAUCUCGACGAGAACAAUUUCGAAUCUUUCCCAACGGGCUUCCUCUCGGGCCUAACGAGCCUCCAAACCUUCAGCAUACAGAACAACACAAACCUGCCUGCCUGGACAAUACCCGACACGCUCAAAGACUCCUCUUCCCUCACCACCUUCAUCGCCGGAAAGGCAAAUGUCUUCGGUCAAAUCCCGGACAUAUUCGACUCCCUCCCGAAUUUCCAAACCCUCCGGCUAUCCUACAACAACAUGACGGGCCAUCUUCCGGCCUCGUUCGGAAAAUCCGGAAUACAGACAUUGAUACUCAACAACCAGAUGGUGGGUUUUUCAGGCCCGCUAUUCGUCCUCGGGUCAAUGGCCCAGCUGCAAACCGUAUGGCUCCAGUUGAAUCGGUUCUCCGGCCCGAUACCAGAUCUCUCGGCCUGCACCGAACUGACCGACCUUCAGUUGCGGGACAAUAGUUUGACGGGCAUGGUCCCGGGUUCUCUCACGAGACUCCCGAAGCUCAAGAAUGUGGCCCUGCAGAACAAUAAAUUCCAAGGCCCAAUGCCAAACUUCCUGCCGAGUGUCCAGGUCAGCCUCGGGACCACCAACAGCUUCUGCCUAUCUUCGCCGGGCCCGUGUGACCCUCAGGUGACGGCCCUGCUCGAGGCAGCCCACGCCAUGAACUACCCGCCAGUACUAGCCGACUCGUGGGAGGGAAAUGACCCCUGCCACCAGUGGAAUUUCGUUACGUGUGAGAAGGGUAGCGUGACAGUCGUGAAUCUCGGGAGGAAAAAUUUUACGGGCAUGAUUUCCCCAUCUUACGCAAAUCUGACCAAUUUGAAAUCCCUGUUCUUGAACGAUAACAACCUGUUCGGGACCAUACCUCCGAGCCUCACGACCCUGGCCCAUCUCCAGAUGCUCGACCUGUCAAACAACAAUAUAUCCGGCAAAAUCCCGUCUUUUGCGUCGACUGUCACGGUUAAACUCUCGGGAAAUGUGAACAUCGGGAAGGACGUGCCGGUCACCUACCCACCGGAAUUCCAGAACGAGACCGACACCACCACCAACGGAGGAGGAGAAAAUGGCUCCCCCGGCGGCGGGUCCCACUCGAAAGUAGUCUCCCCGUGGGUGAUUGCGAUCCCGAUCAUUUUCUUUGUCAUCGCGCUCUCGGUUGUGGGAGCUAUAUUCUGCAGACGGUAUAUGAACAAGAGACGGAACAAAAAAUCAUGGGGAAGUGGGAAGAGCGGGAGAAAGAGCAAGAAGAUAUCCGGCAACAACGUGGAGGAGCAAGAAAACGAUAUCAUCAAAAGCCCCGUAUCGAAAUCAAAGUCCAAAUCCAAAUCCUCUAGCCACACAACCGAGACCCCAGACCGGACGAGCGAUUACCACAUACACGACGGUGGGAACAUAACCAUCCCGAUCGAGGUCCUCCGGGAGGCCACCAACAAUUUCAACGAGAACGCUGUGUUGGGGAAGGGCGGUUUCGGAAUUGUGUACCGUGGGCAGCUUCAUGACGGCACGCAGAUCGCAGUCAAGCGGAUGGAGUCCUCUAUGCUUAGCGAUAAAGGCCUGCAUGAGUUCAAGGCUGAGAUCGAGGUUCUCACGAAGGUCAGGCACCGGCAUUUGGUGGCUCUACACGGGUUCUGUGAUAACGGGAGUGAGAGGCUUCUGGUGUAUGAGUACAUGACUCAAGGGUGCUUGGGGCAGCAUUUGUUCCACGGGAAGGAGAUGAAGGGCCCCACUCUCGACUGGGACCAGAGAGUUACUAUAGCUUUGGAUGUUGCCAGAGGAGUCGAGUACCUGCACAGCUUGGCUCAGCAGAGCUUCAUACACAGGGACUUGAAGCCGUCAAAUAUAUUGCUGGGGGAUGAUAUGAGAGCUAAAGUGGCGGAUUUCGGGCUGGUGAGGUCAGCACCGGACGGUAAUUACUCUGUAGAGACACGGCUUGCCGGGACAUUUGGUUACCUUGCUCCGGAAUACGCGGCCACAGGAAGAGUUACCACAAAAGUAGACGUGUACGCCUUUGGGGUCAUCCUCAUGGAGAUCAUCACGGGCCGAAAGGCCCUCGAUGACUCCUUAACGGACGAACGAAGCCACCUCGUCACAUGGUUUCGGCGAAUAAUCCCGGACAAAGGAGCUGUCCGAUCAGCCCUCGACCCUGUCCUCCUCUCCAUCCUCGACGAGGAAACUUUCUUGAGCAUUUUAAAGGUGGCAGAGCUGGCGGGCCACUGCACAGCCCGAGAGUCCUAUCAAAGACCCGACAUGAGCCAUGUUGUCAGCGUGCUCUCGCCUCUUGUUGAGUCAUGGAAACCAACAGAAGAUGAGGAGGAUGACGAGGAUAGCCUGGGGCUUGAUAUAAACAUGAGCCUACCGCAAGUGUUGCAAAAAUGGAAAGCUAAUGAAGAUUCUUCUUCUACAAUGUCGAGUAGUUUCUUCAAUAGUAAUACAUAUUACGGCACCAGCUCUGCCAGCUCUGGUAUGAGAUGA